GUUCCUUGUUGAUAAAGAAAAGUAAUUAUUAACUUCAUUUUUAGUGGUAAAAAGAAAGCCAAGAAAAUAUUGAGUUAAAAUCAAGAACCAAAAAACAAUAGAGAGGAAAUCAAAUAUCAUGUAUGAUAUAUAUCAGUGAAAUUUAGAAUCUCUAUUUUCCUUCUAAUAAAGUUCAUUGUGGUAAUUGUGAGAAAGAUAUCUCUAAAUAAGCAAGAAUUCUUUGUGUUGAAUGUCCAAAUUCAAUAGAUAUUUGUAUGAAUUGCUUUUUAAAUUUACAAGAAUUUGGUACAUAUGUAUUUAAAUAUAAUUUUAGCAUAACACAAUAUUGGGCAUCCUUAUGCAAUUAUCAAUAAAUUAAAUUUUCCAACAUUUGUUGAAGAUUGGACUGCAGAGGAAGAACUGUUAUUAUUAGAAGGUUUAGAAAAGAAAGGUUUUGGAAAUUGGUAAGAUAUAGCAGAAAUGUUGGGAAGCGAAAAAUCAUAGGAGGAAAUAGCAUAACAUUAUGAUAAUAUUAUUUUAAGUGGCAAAUUUAGAAAUGUAUAUUAAUAUAAAAAAUAAUAUUAGAUGACUCUAUUAUCAAAAAGAAAUUAAGAUACAUUAGAAUUAAUAAAGCCAAAAAGAUUGUUUAAUAAUCUUAAAAGAAUGAAAGAAGAAUAAAUUGUUAUAAAGGGAGGAAGAUUAACACCAAAUAUGUAAUCUCAAAGUGGAUAGGAAAUAGUAGGUUUUAUGCCUAAAAGAGGUGAUUUUGAUAUUGAAUUUGAUAAUGAUGCUGAGUUACUUUUAGCAGAAAUGGAAUUUAAUGAUGAUGAUUAACCUAAUGAAAUAGAGAUGAAACUUAAAGUUCUUGAUAUAUACAAUAUUAGAUUGGAUGAACGUUUAAAGAGGAAAAAUUUUGUAAUUGAAAGAGAUUUACUUAAUUAAAAUAAAUAAAAUAAUUAUGAUAAAUAAAGAACAAAAGAAGAGAAAGAAUUACAUAGUUUAAUGAAACCAUUUGCUAGAUUUAAUGAUAUUGAUAAUCAUGAAAGAAUUGUAUAAAAUUUGAUUAAAGAAAAAUAAUUAAGAGCUAAAAUUGAAGAAUUGAGAUUUUAUAGGAAAUUAGGAAUUAAGACAUUUGAAGAAGUUGAAGAGUAUUUAGCAGAUAAGAGAAAGAAGGAUGAGUAAAAUUAAAGAAGAUAAAAUUAAAAUUAAGCUUAUGUUUAUGAUUAUGAUUCUCAAAAAUAAAGGUUUUUAUAAAGAAGAACUAGAUUCACUUCUGUGAUAGAUGGAAAAGAUAGAAAUAAAUAAGGACCUUCAUUUAGUGAAGAAGAAUAAUAAUUAUGUUAGAAAUUAGGAUUGAGUGAACAAGAAUAUCUUAUAUUAAAAGAAGUACUUGUUAGAGAAUCAGUCAAAAAUGGAAUGAUUAAUAAGGAUUAGGCAGUUUAAAAUUUUUAAAUUGAUAAAGAACGAUUAAUAGGAGUUUUUGAUUAUUUGAUUAUUAAAGGAUUAAUUCAUGAUAAAGAAUGA